UAUUCUUCAAUUAUGACAGAGCCUAUUUCUAUUGGAUCUUUAAAGCCUAUUUUGAAUUCUCAGCCAGGAGCACUUCAAACACCUAUUUUUCAAGUUCUUCAAGUAAGAAAAUUGACAUCAGUUAGUAAUGGAGUUGAAAGAUAUCGAAUUGUAUUGUCAGAUUCUAUUCAUUAUGUACAAUCCAUGUUAGCGUCUCAAAAAAAUGAGCUUGUAGUUUCCGGAAAGCUUCAAAAAGGAACAAUUGUUCAAUUAAUACAAUUCUCAGUAAAUAUGAUGAAAGAGAGAAAAAUUAUUAUUAUUAUAAAUCUUGAUGUAUUGGAGCAAUAUGGGGUUCUUCCAAAGAUUGGAACUCCUGCUAGCUUGGAAGCAUCUUCAACAACAGCUGAUAAAGAGGAAGAUCAUAAGCAGGAAAUUCCUGUAAUUAAUCAAACAUCGUUUUAUGGGAAUAAGCCAUUGGAGCCUACAUUUCAUGGCCAAAAAGGAAAAAUGAAUCAUAUAUCAUCAGUUUCCUCUACAACUAUAUAUCCUAUUGAGAGUUUAUCACCUUAUCAAAAUAAAUGGACUAUCAAAGCGCGUGUCACUAAUAAAUCUGAAAUAAAGCAUUGGCAUAAUCAAAAGGGUGAAGGAAAACUUUUUUCAUGUAUAUUUAUGGAUGAAAGUGGUGAAAUUCGUGCUACUGCCUUCAAUGAUCAAGUAGAUAUGUUAUAUGAUGUAUUGCAAGAAGGCCAAGUUUACUUUGUUUCAAAAUGUCGAGUAAAUAUAGCUAAAAAGCAGUUUUCAAAUGUACAAAAUGAGUACGAACUUACUUUUGAAAAAGAUACAGAAGUUGAAAGGUGUCCUGAUCAAUCUUCCGUUCCUCAUGUCAAAUUUAACUUUGUCUCUUUAAAGGAUCUCGAUAGCGUAGAAAAGGACUCUAUCAUUGAUGUUAUUGGAAUUUUGAAUGAUAUUCAUGAAAGUGUUGAAAUUACUUCUAAAACUACUCAAAAACUUUAUUCAAAAAGGGAUGUUUUCUUGGUUGAUAAUUCGAAUUAUUCAGUUCGUCUAACACUUUGGGGAAAACAUGCUCAAGACUUUAAUAUACCACAAGAAACUAUAGUCGCUUUUAAAGGACUAAAAGUUAGCGAUUUUAAUGGACGAUCAUUGUCAAUGCUAAAUAGUGGUAUGAUAAUUGCUGAUCCUCAAAUUGAGGAAGCGUAUUUUUUGAAAAAAUGGUAUGAUAAACAGGGUAAAGAAGAAACAUUUAUAACUCAUCAACCAACUAUUACUACUAUUCGUAAAGAGGAAAGAAAAACUAUAGCUCAGAUUAAAGAUGAACAACUUGGGAUGACUGAACAGCCUGAUUAUUUUUCUGUGAAGGCUACUAUAGUUUUUUUUAAACAGGAAAAUAUUUUUUAUCCAGCAUGUCCUAUUGAGGGAUGUAAUAAAAAGGUUAUUGAGGAUAAUGAGGGUAGAUGGAGAUGCGAAAGAUGCGAUAAGAGUUUUUUAAAACCUCAAUAUCGCUAUAUUAUGACCAUUUCAGUUAAUGAUCAUACUGGUCAAAUUUGGCUUAAUUGUUUUGAUGAUGUUAGUCGUCAAAUUAUAGGGAAAUCGGCAGAUGAUAUUGUUCAAAUAAAAGAAGAAAAUGAACAAUCUGCAUUGAAUAUAUUUCACGAAGCAAAUUGCAAAAGCUACGUAUUUAGAGUUCGUGCUAAACAGGAUUCAUAUAAUGGUGCUGUUCGUGUAAGAUAUCAAGUAAUGGGUGUAUCACCAAUUAAUUGGGCAUAUGAAUGUAAAUUGCUUGCAGAAAUUAUUAAUUCAUAUUAA